AUGCCUUCGAAGCGCCGCAAAACGGCGUCCAAACCUAAGCGGGCAACAACAAAGCCCAAGCCCGAACUCACCGCCCUCCCACCCCUCCCACUCGAGGUCCUCUCGCACAUCGUCGCGAGCCUCAACCCCGACACGCGCACCGGCCGAGCAGCGCUAGUGGACCUCCUCCGCGUCUCGGCCUGCUGGGAGGCAGCAGCACGCACGCUCUACGCCAAGGUCAGGCUCAACGAGGACAAGCUCAUCUCCGUCUUCUUGUACGGCGGCGUGAGGAGAGGCAAUUGGGACGGCGACCCCGUCAAAGGCAACCUUAGCAAGCGAACAACCCGCGCACUCGGCUUCAUCAAGCGGCUGCACUUCGUUCCUCCGUUGUCUCGCGACACACUCCUCUUGCUGCUGGACGAGGCGUCCAGACAUAAACCGCGCCCUCUCUUCCCAAGCGUCAGGUACCUUCACCUGGUGGGGUCGGGCGUCUUUUCCGGGCUCCCACCGCUGUCGAAGGACAUUACCUUGUUCGACCGCCCCCACGUCUGCGUUGACGGGCGAAGCGACACGGACUGGCUCGUCCACCACACUCGCUCAUUCACAAACCACGCGAGCGCAACUCGAAGCAUAGUAGGUAAACUCCCAGCGAGUUGGGAAUCGGCGACAAUAUACGACCCUCAACCCUUCCUCUUUCCUGGCGGCGCGUGUUAUCAAAAUACCGACCAGUAUUACGAGUGGGCCAAGCUCUUAGAGUCCAAGGGCCCAGUCCCGCCUUUGGAGAUGUAUCUCCGACCAUCAGCUGGGACGCGACUGCCCGCACCGGAAGACGUCCCCAUCGUUCUGCACGUCGUCAAGCCAGAAGACAAUAUUCCCGCCUGUCUGGUUUGCGAUCGCACUUGGAAUACCCAGUUCAUGCGUUGAACGUACCUCCGCCCACACUCAGAGCAUGAAAGCGUCACACCGCGGCUGGGAAGCAGAGCUGCUCCGUACCUGAACUUCCUUCGGUGGAUUCAGAAGCCAAUGCGCUGAGUACGGCGACAACACACGCCGAGGGCCAUUUGCUAUGCGUUGGGGGGCACUAGAAGGCGAGGCUCCUGCUGCAGGCGUUCUGCGGAUGUGUGAGAGUUGGUCUAGAACGAGGAGGGCAGACGGAC